GAAUGAAACCUAGGCCCCUAUCGCUCAACUGACUCAUAGCAUUGUGCAAAAUGAAGAGGAUAUUGCCCUAUAUUUUACUAAUUACUGUUCCAGCACUAUUAUCUGCUGAUUACAUAAUAACAGAAUCAGAGCAUCAUCAGAGUGAUGAUACAAACUAUUUGUCAAACAUUCUGAAACUACCAGGGAGAACACUAAAGAAAAGAAGCACCAAGGAGUAUGGCAAAAAGCCUGCGAGGGAUCUUGCAAUCUAUAGUAUGAAAAUUGAUUCCAAAGUUACUUCUCGAUUUGCUCACAAUGUUGUAAUCAGCCGAGUGGUGAAUCGAGCAAAUAAUUCAAGGGAAGCUUUUUUUGAAAUGGAUCUACCCAAAACAGCCUUCAUUACCAACUUCAGCAUGACUCUAGAUGGAGUGACUUAUGUGGGAGCUGUAAAAGAGAAAGAAGUUGCUCAGCAACAGUACCAACAAGCCGUUUCACGCGGACGGACUGCAGGACUUGUAAAAGCAUCUGGCAGAAAAAUGGAGAAGUUUAAAGUGUCAGUAAAUAUUGGACCAACCAAAAAAGUCACAUUUGAACUAACAUAUGAAGAAUUAUUAAAACGUAACCUGGGGAAAUAUGAGAUGAACAUCAGAGUAAAACCCCAGCAGCUUGUCGAACAGUUCCAGAUUGAUGUACACAUCUUUGAACCACAAGGCAUUUCCUUUCUGAAUGUUAAUGCAAAGUUCCUAAAAAAGAAUCUGACUUCAAUUGUGAAAAAAACACUUACUGCAACAAGAGGCCAUAUUUCUUUCAAACCGACUCUUGAGCAACAGCACAGAUGUCCUGAUUGUGAUGAGACUAUUCUGGAUGGAGACUUCAUCAUAGUGUAUGAUGUCAAUAGAGACCUGUCUGCUGGUAGUGUUCAGAUUGUAAAUGGAUAUUUUGUACAUCAUUUUGCACCUGCGAAUUUAUCGAGGAUCCCUAAAAACGUUAUUUUCGUGAUAGACCACAGUGGAUCUAUGAGGGGGACAAAAAUGCAUCAGACAAAUGAAGCUCUUGUAAAAAUUUUAGAUGAUAUUGACUCAAAGGAUCAUUUUGCAAUUAUUAUCUUUGAUCAUUCAUUUACCACAUGGAAGAAUGCGAUUUUUCAAGCGACUCCAAAACACGUGACUGAAGCUAAAAGAUUUGUGAACAAUAUUUCAGCCAGAGGAGGAACAAACAUAAAUGAUCCUAUGCUGGAAGCAGUAAAACGUCUAGAUAAGGCCCAUCAAGACAAGCUUCUGCCUGAAAGAAGUGUCUCCAUGAUUAUUUUGUUAACUGAUGGUGAUCCAAAUGAAGGAGAAUCAAACCCAAUGAAGAUCCAGCAGAAUGUUAAAAAAGCUGUCAAUGGCAAAUACAAUGUGUACUGCCUCGGGUUUGGUUAUGAUGUUAAAUACAGUUUUCUAGAGAAAAUGGCACUUGAAAAUAACGGUAUAGCACGGAGAAUUUAUGAGGAUUCAGAUGCUCCCUUACAGCUCCAGGGCUUUUAUGAUGAGGUGGCAAAUCCCUUACUUUUGGAUAUUGAAUUGCAAUAUCCAGAGAAUGCUAUUUCAGAGUUAACUCAGUCCAAUUUUAGGCAGUUUUUUGAUGGGUCAGAAAUUGUAGUGGCUGGCAAGAUUUCAGAUAAUGACCCGGAGUCACUCAUUGCAGAGGUCUUUGCACAAACUGCUAAUGAAAACUUAACUCUAAAAGCUGAAGUGCAGGUAUCAGAAGUUGAAAAUAUUACUGCUCAGCAGCAAUACAUCUUCGGUGAUUUCACUGAGCGACUGUGGGCUUAUUUAACCAUACAACAGCUGUUGGAGAAACGUGUUUCGGCAGAGACAAAUGAAAGGGGAAACCUAACAGACAGAAUCCUGGAACUGUCACUCAAGUACAGCUUUGUAACCCCAUUAACAUCAAUGGUUGUCACAAAACCUGAGGAAAAUAAGAAUGGAAGCUUUGUGGCUGACAAACCCUCAGAAGAUGAAAAUGAGAAGCCAUUACCACAAAGAGCUCACUUUCUUCCAAGAUUUCAUGCUCCUGCAAGACAUCCUCCACGUUCACCUAAGAAAGCAAUACGUCCUGCAUUCAGAGCUUCAGACCAUCACAAUAGCGCCGGUCCUCCUGGUCCUCCUGGCCGAUCAAUUCAUAGACACAGCAUGGGAAUGCUUCUUCCUGGUAUCAGGCCUGCAAAUCUUCCUGAUCAAGAAGUGUUUUUGUAUGAUGAUAUCGAGGCUACACUUACUGCUGAUAUCAUGCCCACAUCCCCUGCUACAGUAUCCAUUUCUACCUCUGUUGACAGCGAUCCUCACUUUAUCAUUUCAAUAAAUGAUCACAGUGAUGCCAUUUGUUUCAACAUUGAUGGGAAACCAGGGGCAAUUCUCAAUCUGAUCACAGAUCCAGCUACAGGUCUUACAAUAAAUGGAGAGUUGAUUGGGGAGAAGAAAGUAGAAAUUAACAAGAAAAUAAACACAUACUUUGGAAAGUUUGGAAUUGUGAACAUGGAAUUGGACGUAAAAGUUGAAGUGUCAACACAGACAAUUACAGUUUUUCAUGGAGAAGAGAAGAUUACUAUCCCCUGGUCAACAACAGCCUCUUUAACAAAAGAAAGUUUCUCAAUAUCAAUUACGAAAGAAAAGAAUCUCACACUUACAAUGGGAGAUGAUGCAACGUUCAUUAUUGUGCUGCAUCGGGUCUGGAAAAAUCACCCUCUGCACAGAGACUUUCUGGGAUUUUAUACACUUGACAGCCGCAGGUUCUCAAAUAUGACUCAUGGAUUACUUGGCCAGUUUUACCAUGAAGUAAGUGCUGAGAUAUAUAAUUUCCGCCCUGGUUUAGAUGAAGGCAAACCUGAUGCAACAAUGAUUGUAAAAGGUCACAAGCUCAGAGUAACAAGGGGUUACCAGAAAGAUUACAGAAUUGAUCCAAAGCGAGGAACCAAUAUCCCAUGCUGGUUUGUUCACUACAAUGGCAAAGGAUUUAUGGAUGGAAGCCCCACUGACUAUGUUGUAUCUUCUUUAUUUGACUCCCUAUAUUGAUAAGCUGAGAGCAGAGAAUGAAAGCUUAUCCCUUUCGCAUAGCUGGCACAGCUUUGUUAUUCAGUCACCUACAUGCCAAAAACAUUUUGAUUAAAGGUAGUAAAUCUGUGAGCAUUUUGUAUUGUCAAAUAUAAAUUCCUCUGUUCACUUACAAUUAAAACUGCUUCUGUGA